UAAUAUAUUCGUCAUCGCUGUUCAUUUAAAUACAUCCGGGUUUUCAAAAUUUUUGUCAUGAAAUAGAAAUAUAGAAAUCUACAAAUUUUGUUUGGCAAUAGAAACAUCUACAGCAAAUUCCUUCAACAUGCAGAACGAAAAACAGGAUCUGGAUUAUCCCCCCUACAGAGGUGGAUUGGACCCAAGUCACGCCUUACGAUGUGAUACGACACCAAAACUGCAAGACAGCCAGAUUUCUAAACAAGGAGACUUAUCCCAGCAUUCGACCUCCGGUGUCGAUGUGCAGCAAUGUCCAGACCAUGGAAUGGCUGGCCGAUGCUGUUGAAGAGAAUGGCUGUGCGAGGCCCUUUGGAUCGGAGCAGAACGAUGAUGUGUUGGAGGUGUGGAAACAGAGUCCCAACAAGCAUACGCUGGCAUUUUAUGGGAUUCUCUCGGACAUUCCCAAUCCAGAAGCAGUCAAGUUUAAUGCAACAAUGUCCAAGUGCCUUAACAAGGUCAAUGGCAUCGAGGAUGAGAAGAAACAAAAAGGCAUGAAAGGAUUGGAAUCUCCCAAAAAGGCAAAAAAGCCAAAAGGACCCUACGUGCUCAAUCGAGGCGAAUUGAAGUCAAUGAUCGAUAAGAUGCCUACGAUUCAGCGUAAACUAAACUCGAAGAAUGCACUCUCUUGGCUGCACUGUCCUGAGCCCGAAGACCCUGAGUUCCCUUUCACAAACGAUGGUCAAACUAUUCCUCUCAACAGUGCUCUCGACAUGGAGAAACCAGUGCGGAAGCCAAAACAAGGCUUACGACGCAAACAUCCUUAUUGCGAGAUGCAAUGCGGACUUCCCGGUAAUAAAUGCACCGAGCUGGAAUGGAUGAAAUACAAGAACGAUCCCAUACCCUAUGAAGUUGCAUUCGCUUUAGAAAUGAGUGAAACGACUGAUGAACCCGAUCCGGAGCCGAGAAACUACGAUGAACUUUAUACUCAUCUUGUCGGAUGCUUUCAGAAGAGCAGCGACAAAUCGGCUGCUGAUAAAACCUACGCCAAGUGCUGUGGAGGCCCUCGAAACGUAAAAUGAACCAAGGUUGUGGGGAGCAUGUUCCAAGCUCGACUCGAAUCGACACGGAUAAAUCAAUAGAAUGAUGUGCAAAUAUUACGUAUACGAACCUUUGGCUUCUUGGCAUAUUGUCCCGUGCGCACGUCGCGUAUGGUGGCAAUGUCUAAUAUGUCCAACUCAUUGUUCUGAUCGACCCAAUAGAGGAAGAAUCCCUUGGCAUCCACGCGCAUCGUAACCGGCGUACCGCUGCCCGAGUCCUGAAAAGAAAGCGAAAGAAUUAAUAAAAGGAAGUGGGAAAAAGAUGAAAGUAGCAAAUAUGAAAUGAAUAAGUCACCAACAGUAACACCCCAACUGCGUAUAAGAGGUUCUUUUUUUAUUCGAAUUGAUUCAAUUUAUUAAUAAAUUCCAUAUUUUUUUCGGUCA